AUUCUGAAAAAAAAUUCGUCCAUUAUCACUAUAUGUUUGGUUAAAAGAAAUAAUUGUGUUUUCUUCAAUAGUUAAAUAUUUAAAAGAGAGUCACUAAAUUUUUUAUUUACAACACAUUUCAUAACGUUUUGUAAACACUUUUCGCAAACUUCAGCGAAAAUUGUAGCGGAAAUAUCACAAAGUGUAGCGUGAAUGCUUCUUGGUAAUUUUUCAUUUCUUCACACACAUUUCAUAUAAAAAUAAAACAAAGCAUCAUUUUGAAGUAUAAUUUUGACUUAUGUUGAAGUGUCAAAAAAAUGUAUGGAAAAAUGAGUGGAAGUGCAUCGUUUAAUUCAACAUUCGAAGUCUCUCAAAUGCGAAAUCCAAUACAAAAAACGAAAGUGGACUCUAUACUAUCAGCUGAAGCACCUGAAUUCGUUCCACGAGUAAAUGGUUCUAUACCAGUUAAUUUGGCAGCACAAACAUUUCACCGCAAUCAACCGGCAGUUCAGAUGGUGAGCCAUAAUGCAUACCGUAAUCAGAAUCAUGGCGUGUCACAAUAUUCGUACACAAAUCAUCAAGCACAAGGAAAUAUGAAAAACACUAAUUUUUCCGUCAAUCAGCGCCUCCAAUUCACAAAUACUGCCCCAAACUCACGCAAGUUUCGUUCUCAGAGUAAUCAACAUUUGCAUGGACUACAUGCACAUCAUAUGCAACAGCAGCAACAUCAAAUUAUGCAUUUGAAUCAUCAGUUAGGAUCUCUCCAAAUUACACAACAACCUCCGAUGGCAGUACCUGGAACUCAUUCAAAUGAAUCAAAACAUCAGUCUGAAGGCAAUGAACCGACUGAAGCUGCUAUGAAUGCAUUACAGUUUUUGAUUGAUACUAUAGAAAAGUUGAUGAAUGAUCCCGGACAAUUCGAAAAUUACCAGAAGGAACUAACAACACUUUAUAUUGAUCAUGCUGACAAUCAACAUGUAGUGAGCAAUGCAAUAGAAUUAUUCUUCAACCAUUCAAUAGAAGAACAAAACUUUCGCUACACUGGAGCACGAUUAUGCAGAUUAUUGGACAGUGUAGAUCCCACAUCGGAAAGUCUAUUCCGUCGUUUGCUAUGUUUCAAAUUGCAGUACAAUGACACUGAAUUGAUCCAAUAUAUGAAUGAUAACGAAACGCAUAAAGUUCGAAAUACAACACUUUUCUUGGCUGAACUAUAUAUACAAUUGCAGAACGAUGGAUCACGCAUUACAAAUAUUGCAACAAGUAUUCACCAUGCGAUCGGAUUGCUUAUGCCAAAAACUUCACCUGAGAAUAUUAAAUGCGUUUGUCAAACUCUAAAAUUAUGUGGCUAUGAGUUGGAUAUUGAUUUUCCAAAAGAAACAGAAGAACUUAUGAAUCAAUUGGGUAAUUGCGAGAAUACUGAUGUUUCAACUCAAAGGUUGUUGUCAAGUGUUAUAGAACUACGCAAAAAUCGUUGGGGCCGAAACAUGGCUGAAACAUGCCGAAACAUUGACAAUGCUGCUUCAAACUCUCUGCUAGUGGAGCAACCUUUUGGGAAAGAGUUUAGCAACGAUCCAGUAUUCUACGGACCAGACGGUAAUAUACUUACUGAAGAAGAAAGCGCAUUUCUUUGGAACGCAACUACUUGUCCAACUGAUAAUUACUAUGAUGAUGAUGAAAAUGAUCCGGACGCUUUAGUUGAAAUAGAGCCUGAAAUGGAUUUGGAGAUACAGUUAGCAUUUAAAGAUUUUGUCACGUAUCAAAAUAAAAAAUGAUGGUGACAGAGAACGAAUGAAAAUUAUCGGAACUCAGCACAGAAUAAAAGUUUUCAUUACAUUGGCAAAUUACGUUAAAUAAAUAAGGUUUACUAAAGAAAAUUUUGUAGAUUACGUUUCGGUAUGUUAAUGACUGGAAACUUCAACUAACAUUUAUAUCAAUAAAUAAUAGAAUAAACGUUCUUUUUACAUUUUUACGUUGAAAAAUGUAACAUUUUGGCCAUUCAUGGUUAUUUUAAUGUCAAAUGGAACGUAGAUUAUAUGCACAGUUUCCAAUAAAGAUUACAGAUUCUAACGGAG